GCGUCCCCGCCCCCUCCCGCCUCUCGCGACAUCUCGGGCGCCCAGCGGGACAUCCGGGGCCGGCGGUUGAGUGCGCGGCGGGGCAAGAUGGCGGUGGAGUCGCGGGUUACGCAGGAGGAGAUUAAGAAGGAGCCGGAGAAGCCGAUCGACCGGGAGAAGACCUGCCCGCUGCUGCUGCGCGUCUUCACCACCAACAACGGGCGGCAUCACCGCAUGGACGAGUUCUCCCGCGGCAACGUGCCCUCCAGCGAGCUGCAGAUCUACACCUGGAUGGACGCAACUCUGAAAGAGCUGACCAGCUUAGUGAAGGAAGUCUACCCAGAAGCACGGAAGAAGGGCACGCACUUCAAUUUUGCAAUUGUUUUUACAGAUCUCAAGAGGCCUGGAUAUAGAGCAACUCCUACUGAGACUGGCGUUAACUUCUUCCUUUGGGGGCAGCGGGGAGAUGGAAACAGAAAUACUGGUUUUCAGAUCACCACAUGGUAGUUGUUUACACAAGAAGUGUUUUGGGAAUAAGUAUUGAACUUCAAUUCAGAUGAGGAUAAGCAGCAAAUUUAGGUCUUAUCUAUACCUGAAAACUAGGUUAGAAAAUGUCAGGAAUAUAUAGGGCAUGAGUGUACCAAAAGCUUUAAAAAGUUAAACUAAGAUGACAAUUCACCAUAUAACUACUUACUGAUAACCUCUCAAACAAAAAUUAUUCUUUUACUCCACAAAAAUAUGAGAUAACAGCAACUAGCUUGUACUCUUACUUCCCAUGUACAAAGAGCUGGUGCAGAGCAGAUGGUGAACCUCAGGCUUAUACCCUAGCUUACCUCUUAAUUAUUUCUAUAGGCCAUUUUUCCUACUUCUAUUAAAGAAAUAAGACCUCUCACAA